ACUUUAUUGACGAUGUAUAUUUCUAUAUAUGACAAGUUUAUUGCCUCUUGUUGUUUUUUUAACCUAGAUGAAUCGACCAAUUCAGGUGAAACCUGCCGACAGCGAGAGCCGAGGAGAAGACCGGAAGCUUUUUGUGGGAAUGUUGGGGAAGCAGCAGUCAGAUGAAGACGUCCGCAGAAUGUUUGAACCUUUUGGAAUUAUAGAUGAAUGUACGGUUCUCCGGGGGCCGGACGGAACCAGCAAAGGUUGUGCAUUUGUGAAGUUUCAGACACACACAGAGGCGCAGGCGGCCAUUAACGCUCUUCACGGGAGUCGGACUCUGCCGGUAAGACUCUCUAUACUCUGUCAUCUCUAUCAUUAUACCUGGCAUGUGGGCUCCCCCUGGUGGAUGAGCCUGAGCACUGCACCCUGA